GAUGCGGACUCCAUCGAGCUCACGUGGAUGCAGUAGCUCAGAACACGCCUCCUGCACCUAUCGACCACCUCCAUCGCCCACUACCCGUGCAUUACCCCCUCGACCAUUUGACUCAUGUUUUCCCGAAUCAGUGGCGGUCGCUUCAACGUCCCCGCUUGCACCAGCUUUACCCUCCUGUCCGACAUCGCUACCAUCAGAUGAUGGGGUGGGCUAGUCCAGUGCUGCAAAUAAACAUCAUAUAGACCCU